ACGGGCGGCGCAAAGCGGACGAGCGAGAGGCGAACGAGUAGAGAAAAAUUAUUGAGCGCAGAGAAAAGUCCACCAAAUCGAACGUCGCAGCAAGUGAAAAAGGCGAAAAAGCCCGGAUAGAAAAUAAUAAUAGUAACCAGAUACACCAGAUACUAGUGUUUAGCCGCCGAGCCCGAGCCAGAGCCGAAAUGAAUGAGGAAUACGACGCGAUUGUGCUCGGAACGGGCCUGAAGGAGUGCAUCCUCAGCGGGAUGCUGUCCGUGUCCGGCAAGAAGGUGCUGCAUAUUGAUCGGAACAAGUACUAUGGCGGCGAGUCCGCCUCGAUAACGCCGCUGGAGGAGCUCUUCCAGCGCUACGGCCUGGAGCCGCCCGGUGAGCGUUUCGGGCGUGGCCGCGACUGGAACGUGGAUUUGAUUCCCAAGUUCCUGAUGGCCAACGGACAGCUGGUCAAGCUGCUGAUCCACACGGGCGUCACCCGCUACCUGGAGUUCAAGUCCAUCGAGGGCAGCUACGUCUACAAGGGCGGCAAGAUAGCCAAGGUGCCGGUGGACCAGAAGGAGGCCCUCGCUUCCGAUCUCAUGGGUAUGUUCGAGAAGCGUCGCUUCCGGAACUUCCUCAUCUACGUGCAGGACUUCCGGGAAGAUGACCCCAAGACCUGGAAGGACUUUGACCCCACCAAGGCCAACAUGACGAGUCUGUACGAGAAGUUCGGCCUGGACAGGAACACGCAGGACUUCACCGGCCACGCCCUGGCCCUUUUCCGCGACGACGAGUAUCUGAACGAGCCGGCCGUGAACACCAUCCGGCGUAUUAAGUUGUACUCCGAUUCGCUGGCGCGGUACGGCAAGUCGCCCUACCUCUAUCCCAUGUACGGCCUGGGCGAGCUGCCCCAGGGAUUCGCCCGGCUGUCGGCCAUCUACGGCGGCACCUACAUGCUGGACAAGCCCAUCGACGAGAUCGUCCUCGGCGAGGGCGGCAAGGUGGUGGGCGUGCGCUCCGGCGACGAGGUCGCCAAGUGCAAGCAGGUCUACUGCGAUCCCAGCUACGUGCCCGAAAAGGUGCGCAAGCGUGGCAAGGUGAUUCGUUGCAUUUGCAUUCUAGACCAUCCGGUGGCCAGCACCAAGGAUGGUCUCUCCACGCAGAUAAUCAUUCCACAGAAGCAGGUGGGCCGCAAGUCGGACAUCUACGUGUCGCUGGUGAGCUCCACUCACCAGGUGGCCGCCAAGGGCUGGUUCGUGGGCAUGGUCUCGACCACCGUUGAGACCGAGAACCCGGAGGUGGAGAUCAAGCCCGGCCUGGACUUGCUGGAGCCGAUCGCACAAAAGUUCGUGACCAUUUCGGACUACUUGGAGCCGAUCGACGAUGGAUCCGAGUCGCAAAUCUUCAUUUCGGAGUCUUAUGAUGCGACCACGCACUUUGAGACCACUUGCCUGGAUGUGUUGAACAUAUUCAAGCGCGGCACUGGCGAGACGUUCGACUUCUCCAAGAUCAAGCACGAGCUGGGCGACGAGGAGCAGUAAGCGGGGAGCGAGCCUCAUCUGGUUAUGGUGCAUUUGGACAGCUCAACAUCAGCCACAAACAUCGUAGAUCGUCUCAGCGUCGUGGCCAAACCUUAAAGAAAUACCCAAGAUAAAAAAACCCAAAAUAAAAGCCCAAAAAAACUAAAGAAAAACAGAAAUCCCGAAAUUGUAUUACGAAAAUGCUUUUCCAUCGAGAGAUGAAGUUUUAGAUGUGAAACGAAUUGCUUGCUUCGCGCAAUAUUGGAUAUGCCUAGAAAAUAUAUAUAUAUACAACAAUAUAACAUAAAUUGUGGCUCGAGCGCAGUUGCAAGACUCGACGCAUACUCUCUAAUCUUUCACCACCCGAUCGGUAAAUCAGUCACGCGACUAUGCUUGGACUUUAGUUGUACGAGUAUAUAAUAAAGUAUAUAUAUUAAAUAUGACAUCGUA